GCGCCUGCCCGGCCCCUGGGAGGCGACGCGCGGGAAACGCGGGCCGUGAGCCGUGAGGAGGCGGGUCGUUCGCGGCCCUGGCUCCUCCUCGUGGGCCGGGCGGCCGAGGCGCCGUGCAACCGCGGCCGGGGGCAGGGCUCAAAGCCCGGCUGGCUACUUCAGGCGCUUCGGUUUCCCCGCCUCGCCGGAGCAAUGGACUAGAAACUUAGGAAGAAAGAAGCGCUUCCGCCACCCGGGGCCGCCUCUCCCUCUCAGCCCACGCCGCAGAGCGAGAAGGGCAGCCUGCUGCCCUCAGUCCCGGCCGGGCGGAGAUGUCCGGCGGGGGUGGCCGGAGGAGAACCGGCUCCUCUUGGCACAGUGGCUUCUCCCGACUUUUCUCCAGGACGCCCUCGAAGGAGCCGGAGGAAGGGAGCGAAGUGGCCCCUCCGCGCCAGGGCGCCUCGAGCUUUGAAACUAAUGAACACGAAUCUGCACAUGUGGUGGGUCAGAGAAAGGAAAGCAACCCUCUUCCAGAGCUGUUAAAGUUUUCAAUCUCUGACAAUAAGAACCUCUCUACAGAAGAGCUGAGCAGGUCCAGCACUCAGGAAGAAUUAAAGAAAGCCAAAAGCCUUCCCAGUUUGGCUCAUGAAGGCAAAACAUCCAGCAAUAACAGACAGAUCAAAGAAGGAUUUUUCCAGUAUCUUGGGAGUUUAUUUGGUAUUUCUUCAAAAUCUUCAUUCAAAGACAAUGAGCGAGCCACAGUUGGAGAUGUACAAAACAAAACUGAAAAAGACAUUUCAGAUGUAUCAAGCCAUCAUAAAAGUGGACCUAGCGAACAUCUCAAAUCAGAAAUAUUUGUCAUUUCGACUACUGAAAAUGAACUGGGAGCAUCAAGCAAAAAUGAAGACAUUAAGGCUGUUGAAACAACCAGUUCUGGCUCAUGGCAUUUACAGAAACCACAAAAGCAAUUUGCUGAAGCAUCUAAAAAAACUACAUGUGACCUGGGUGCACCUUCAGUUACAUAUGCUACUUAUCGAGGGUCUACAAGGAUUAAACAGCUGCUUAAGAAGCAAGCAGAAUUGGAGCAAGAAGAAGGAAACCUAACCAGCAUUAACAGUUCUACUACUGGGAUCAAAGAAAAUCAGACUGCAAACUUUCCGAACUCAGAAAUUACAAUAAAAACAAACCCAGAAAGUGAGGAUGACAAAAAGGAUUUACAAGCAAACAUAUCUUUGGCAGAAAUGGACUUGGAAGGAAGUUCCAAGGAUAUCUUGGAUAGUGGUGAACACAGAGAACUGAAAAACAAAAGUACUUUCAUGACAGAAAUGGAAACCAUCAAAAAUUGCAUUGAAGAACUAGUUUCUGUGAAACAUUCAUUGGUUUCCAACACCCCAGAAGGUAAUAGGAACCUUUUUCUGGAGCCAGUAUUGCUACCAAAGGAAGCCAAUUCCAGUUGCCAAAAUAGAGAUCCUGUUAAAAUGAAUUCAGAAAACAGCAGAUUGCUUGGAGAGGGAGAGAAGAUGUUAGGAGAAAUACAAAUGCAGCUCCAGUCAAACAGUGCUGCCAUUGUUGGCUCUCAAAAAGCAAUGCAUAUUUGUGCUUUUUCUAACAAAGAAAGAAAAGAAACAACACAACAUGAAUUUUCAUUUCAUCCCAGUGUACACUCAACUGAUAAUGAGCAACCAUUGCUGGAAGAUAAAUCUUCUGCUUAUAGUUGGACUGAGGAAUUCAAAUCAAAAUCACCUAGCCAAGUAUGUAGUUUGAAUAAUACUGUUUCGAAGGGUGAAGCAGUUGACCAAGUGGUAAAUAUAAAGGAAGAUACACACAAAAAUGUAAAAACUGAACACAAGGAACAAAACUAUCAAGUUAUUUUACAAGAUGAACUUCCAGUACUUCUGCAAAAUUCAGAAUGCAAAGAAGUCACAUUAAAGGUUGAUGUGAAUACCCCAGCGGAACCCACAGACAUUGUUACAGAUAGAGGCACAUUCAACAAGAAUGGCACAGAGAGUGAAAAUAGCACUGGGUUACCGAUGCAUGCUGGUAUGCAGAACAAUUCUAACUUUUCAGUGAUUUCCGAAACUGAAAUUAAUGAUGCUGCCAUAAGAAAUUUGUGUGUGCCUGCUAUGGAGUUUGGUCACGUUGGGAUGACAGAGGUUCCGCUUGAUGCUACAGAGAUAAACAAUACAAACACUUGUCUGUUAGUUGUUGAAUAUAACAAUAUGGAAUCCCAGGUAGCAUGUUCUCCUGACUUAACUGUGGUGCCAGUAGAUGGGGUCAUUCGAAGCUCUGAAGCUAAAGAUGACAGCUGCCAUCAUUUUGCCAAGAGAGAUGAAGCUGACAUUCUGGUCAAAACAUCAGGCAGUUUAAAAGUUCCUCUUCAACUGGAAAACAACACAGGAACUGCUACUACACCCAAACAUAUUUUUUCACCACUAAAUAGCUUGGCUAAAUCUGCAGAAACAAAUGUUCCACUAUUCAAUGAAAUGAGAAAUCAUUUGGAAAGUAAAAUAAUUCUUCCUGCUCUUGAAACUGAAGAUGUCACCACAGUGUCUCCUACAGACAUAUGCCUUCCCAAGGAUUCUCUUCCUGAUAUAAAUCUAGAAAAGAAUAACACCGCACCUAUUUUUAAUUCUCCUUCAUUAACAGAUUUUGUUGCUAAUUCUUUCAUCUUUGAAGAUAACAUGCAUUUGGACACUGUGCCUAAAAUUGUGCCUAAUUAUGAAAAACAGAGUUUGUUGGAGGCUUCAGGUUCUCUGACUGAUAAACAAGAAAACAUUAAGCAGUCUUUGAGAGCCCCAGCAGUAGUUGGUUCUGCAGAGUCUAACUGUAGCAGAGUCUCUCCUCUUGAAAACGUACCUCAUUCAAAAGUCUCUGGAUUCUUGUGUCCUCUUUCUGCUGCUGAAUCUGAAAAUCUAAUUUGUUUUUCUAAUGCGUCCCUGGAAGCUGGCAAUACCGUUAAAAAUAAUAUUCACUCUGAUCCUGCUGAAAUAAGUGACACUAGAUGUGAGAUUUGGUCAUGCUCUGAAGAAAGAGACAACAAAACUGAAUCUUGUCCAGUGCACUCCAAAUCAGUUUUGGCAAAAGAAGAUCUUCCCAUUUCUGCAGUUGAAAAGACUUCUUCCUCUGCUACUUGCUCUGAAGAUACCUCAAAAUGUUGUUCGCCUGUUGGUGAAACAACAGAUGUUGUUUUCUUGCACAAAAUUAAUUUUCUUCCUAUUAAGUCUGAAAAUUUUGCAGCCCAGAUUUCACUUAAACGUGAAUCAAACUUUUUGCCCCCUGAAUCACCUUCUGAACAUGCUUACCUGUCUCCAUUAUUACAGCCAGUUGCCUAUAAUGUGACAGAUGUAGAACCUGUGAAAGCAGUCUUAGGAGUAUCUUCCAGAACACAGGAAAGCAAAGAUGUUCAAGAAACAUCCUCAGGGCAACCAAGCCUUCACUCUCUUGCGGGGACUACUUCAAAAAACCCUGCUGAAAUGGACAAUCCAGCAGUUACUGCCUUGUCUGCAGAAUUAAAUGGCCCCUUCUUCGAGAAAACAUUGAAAGAUGUUGAAACAGAAAAGCGAGUGCAAAAUAGAUCUCCAGACUUAACUGUUUUGUUUAAAAUAGCUGAUGAACUGGUUGAUGCAGUUCUGCAUUUAGCCAUCGAAGAAUUAAGAUCAAAGCAAACAGCUUGUGUCUGCCAGACUAAUGACAUUAAGGACAAUUUAUUAGAACCCGGCCUUCAAAAAGAUGAGAAAACUAGAAAAAUGCUGUCAAAAUCAAAAGAAAUCCCAUCAAGGAACUCAGCUUUAAUACAUGUUAAUGAAAGUUGUAUCAGAAAGCUUGCUGGAGUUAAAGGGGAAGAGACACUUGGCACAGAUAAAAGGAUGUCAUUUGGCAUUACUGAUGAAAUUGACCUAGCUCUAAUAGCAAAAGAAAUAGUUGAUGAAGUUAUUAAUGCAGCCAAACAAAAUCUGAUGUGUAAUCACGAGGAAAAUCUGAGUAAAACUGUUUCUCAGAAUUCAGGUCUUGGGUCUAAGACCAAAGUAUCAGAGGAACUUAAAACAGUCAGGGAAUUAACAGAUGAAUGUUGUUCAGUAUCCUCUGAUGCAGUUCCUAGACUAAUAGGUCAGGGUAAGGUAGCAAGCUCCUUCACACCUUUGAAAGAAGAAAGCAAAGAUCAAGAAAUAAUACCAAACAAUGUUUUUCCAUGCCAGACAAAUGGAGAUGAGCAGCUUGGCCCUAUAGUUGCAGUAGAACCCAGUCAUACGGAAGUAGAUAAUAACAAAAAUACUAAAGAUACCAAUUACAUUACACAUAGGACAGAUGCUGGUGACAGCAUUGGUAACUGGACUGCUGAUAAUAAAUCUAAGAUUUCUACAUGUUCAAUAAAUGGGGAGGUGGUUAUUACAGAAGAACAAUUGUUAUCUUGCCCCUUGGUGUCAGUCAGUGUGACAUCUUGCACCUCAGAUUCUGAGACAUAUACCUGCACCUCAGGCAAAGCCAAAGAUGAAUAUGUACCUAUAGGUUCCCUUGGAGAUAAUAUGAGGAAAGUUCAUCCUGAAUGUAUUUUCAAAGAAGUCAAAGAUGCUGCAUUUUUAAGAGAGAAAUCACAUGAAAGCUGUUAUGAAAUAAUUGGUGAAGGAGGCUACAGCAAAGUUGAAAAAUCUUGCAUAGCAUCUGACUUGUCUAUAGCGAGCCAGUCACCAAAGACAAGCCCAAAGUCAGAUUUUGCUCAGGAGGAAGAAGCAGUAGCUGGGCAAGAUUUUAGUAUGGCUAAUGUUUUCAAAGAAAGUUAUCUGGAUGUUCAUGAUGACAGAGAUGAAGCAAAAUCCCCAAAGGUUUUAACUUUUUCUCCUCCAGCAGAGUGGGAAGGCAAUUCUUCCUUCACAAUUUUAUAUGAAGAUGCUCUUUACAAUGAAAGUGACUGUAUUUCCACAGAAGAAACAGAGCAUCCUUUAUCUCCCCCUGAUCAUUCCUUGGAUAAUAAUCAGCAGCUUGCAAUGUGUGUAUCGGGAAAGGGCAAGCUUGAGUCUGAUCAUCUUUAUAAAGAAAAUGACCAGUCACGUAAAAUGCUAGACAACACCUGUCCAGAAACAUUUCUGACAGUGGAAGCAAAACGGUACAGAGUUUACCCCUUCUCUUUAUCUCCUAUAUACGAAGAUGAUAGUUCUCAAGAGGACAUACAUUCCACUGACAUAUCACCAGGAGGUCAUCUUAAUGAAAAAUCCACAGACAGCCAAUCCUUAUCUGUUUUAUCACUUCUGCAGUCAGUAUCUGAACGACUUAAAUCUAGUAACUGUUAUAAUGAAGAGGAGGAGGAGGAACUAUGUGAAGGUAGCAGCCAGGAGAAUGAGGAAGAAGCCUAUAUUGAUAGCCAUUACUCAAACAACUCAAGCACUGCAGUCCCAGAAAACAUUACACAGAGUGAGUUGCUUUUUAGAUGCUCACAUUUUCUUUCUAGUGAAGCUCUUAACACAGAAGAGGCCUUACCUUUUAAGUCAACCUACUCGGCCCACCUUUUACAAAAAUCUGAUUCUAGCAUCAAGUCUUUUUCCAGAAGUGCAUAUAGUGAACGUUUGCACAGUAGGAGAAAUUACUUAGGUGAGAAAGAAAAUCAGUUUGGAAGCAUUUUGCUGCCAAAGGAUCAGCAACCGGAAAACAGCAGCUUACAAAAACUGACAACUUCUCAAGGGUGUCCUGUUGACAGGGAAAGGCUUAAAUGUAAUCCAAGACCCGGAAAAAUGGUUAUUUGUGGUGUUUACGGCAACAUAAAGAAGCAUGAAAUUUACCAUGAUGUGGUAGAUGCUACAGCAUGGGUGUUGUCAAAAGAAGUAUUGAUCAGAGUUGUUAGAGGAUGCUGGGUUUUGUAUGAAAAACCAAGAUACCAAGGUCAGAAAUAUAUUCUAGAAGAAGGAGAGAAGAUGCUAAGUGAUAUCCUGAAUCUUCACUGUGAGGAACACCAAGGAAACAUCACCAUUGGUUCAGUCAGACAAAUAAUGAAGGAUUGCAGUGUGCCUGAGAUUCAGCUUUAUCCACAAGAUGGUUCAGAUUGUUUUGCUAUCUCCAUUCAGAGUGCAGUUACUGAUGUAGGGGAACUAAGAGUCAGAAACCCUGCUCUUUCUGUGAAAGCAGGAGUAUGGCUUGCUUAUUCAGAUGUUAAUUACAAAGGAACAAUGAUGGUUUUGGAAGAAAAUCAUGGUUCAUGUGAAACUUCAGCAGCUGACAUAAAAUCCCUUCGUCCACUGAAAAUGGGAGGCCUAAAAGUGCAGAUGCCUCAUAAUGUUAAAAUGAUAAUAUAUGAAAAAUCACACUUUGGAGGAUGGUGUAAAGAGAUCUCUGAAAAUACUGAUUGUGUUCCAAUGGUCCUUGAAAAUGCUGGUGAUUUCCAGGGAGUUGGAUCAGUACGUGUCAUUGGUGGAAUAUGGGUUGCUUAUGAGAAGGAACGAUAUAAGGGCCAGCAAUACCUGUUAGAGGAGGGCGAAUAUGAAGACUGGCAUUCUUGGGGUGGAACGAACAACUCUUUGAUGUCUCUUCGGUUUUUGCAAGCUGAUUUUAUGGAUUCUGAAGUAACACUUUCUAAAACAGGUGAAGAUGAUGGGAAAUUGUUAAAUAUUGUCAACCAAGAAAUUCCUGAUUUGGAACUGGCUGGAUUUGGUUUAGUUACAAGAUCAAUUAAUGUGAAAAGUGGAGUGUGGGUUGCGUACCAGCAGAAGUACUUCUGUGGAGAGCAAUAUGUAUUGGAGAAAGGAAAAUAUAAAUGUUUUUUGGACUGGGGAGGAUCAAGUGAUAAUAUCAUGUCAAUACGUCCUGUUAAAUUGGAGCCACUGGGAAACAAUGAACCCACACACUGGAUCAAAGCUUUCAAUAAAACACAUUUUCAGGGAACAUGUAUAGAUUUUACAGAAGAAGCCACUGACCUGGAAUCAUUCACACCUUGCUCUUUUAAGGUUCUGCGGGGAUGCUGGUUGCUUUGUUACCAAGGGGAAACUGGUGAUAAUUGGUGUGUGCUGGAAGAAGACCUUUAUGCUGACCUUGCUUCCUGUGGCUGUCCAGCCGCUGCGGUCAAGUCCCUUAAGCCUGUUGAAUAUGUUUUUGCUGAGCCUUUCAUCAGCCUUUUUGCUUUGGAGAAUUAUGAAGGCAAGGAGCUGCGUUUGCAAGAAGCUGUCAGUUCAGUUCUGAAUAAAGAUCUUCAUUUUCUUACUCAGUCUGUGUGGGUGAGGAGUGGACUAUGGAUUGCAUAUGAAGGAUGCCACUUCUUAGGAAAGCAAUUUCUCCUUGAACCUACCAAGAUUUCAAACUGGACUCAGUUUAGUGGCUGGAAAUUAAUUGGUUCCCUUCGUCCUGUGAAGCAGCCAGCAGUGUACUUCAGGAUAAAGAACAGAUCCCAAGACAAAUAUCUGACAGUAACUGGAAAGCUAAUGGAUGCAAGAGCUACAUCAGUAUGUCUUUCUCCAUUAAACUGCAAGAAUACCCAGAUCUGGCGCUACAGUUGUGGCCUUAUCAAAUCAAAGGCUAACGAUGCUUGCCUUGAUGUCAUUGGAGGCAGAGACGUAUCUGGAGCCAAAGUAGCUUUGUGGAUAGAGCAUGGAAAGGCAAGGCAGAAAUGGACAUUUAACAAAGAUGGGACCAUCAGUUCGUACCUCAGUGAUCAGCUUGUUCUUGAUGUCAAAGGAGGAUAUUAUUACGACAGGAACCACAUUGUUGUAAACCAGGCUGACAACAACGAAUGCUCACAGAAAUGGGACUUUGAAAUAUUGUGAGUCAGUCUCACUACAUUGAAGACACUUAAAAAUAUGGACCAACGUUGGUGGAAAACACUACUGAAUUAACUACUGAAGCCACACAAAAAUGAUGCAUGUUGUAGGACCAGCCUAACUACCAACUGUCACAUUUCAUGUCUUUAAAUAGGCCAUGAAAAGCUCUGCUAAGUUUAUUACUAACCAGAUUGUACUUGUGAACAGAUGUACUAGAUUAGAAAAAUGUGGUAUAUAGGACAGAGUCAUAAUUAAGCAAUAACAAAUAUCAGAUGUUACAGUGUGGGCUACAUAGACUUUUGUCUUCUUUUUAACUUUAUGGUCCUGUAAAAAAGUAUGGUUCUUUAAAAGCUUUACCUCAUUAUGUAAGAGCUAGUGAGGCUAACCUGCAAAACUCUAAACUAGAAUACAUCUAUAAUAUUUUACAGUUCUUAAACUCUUAAGAGGAAGUUUUAGAUUUUUGCACUCUUUUGUCAUACUAGCUCACAGUUUAUAGAAAUGAUGAGUGUCUGCCUCAGGUAUGUUUCAUAAUUGUACAUCACAUCCACUAUAUAUUUUUGGACUAUUUUUAAAUGGAGAGUCACAUCAGGUCAUCAGCUGCCUGAAUUUAAAACUCAAAAUGGAGAUGAAAUUCAUACCGUAUGUCAAAGGGAGCUCAUUUCCAGUUAAGCUCACAGAUAAUUCUCUGUUCUCAAAAGUAUUCUAUUAUUCAUUAAAUGCUGCAGGAUAAUUUUAUGUAAAGCUUCCAGUGACUGGUUUCAGCUGUUUGCACAGCAAAGUUGUAAAAGGGCAGCUUGAUAGAGAAAAUGCCUCUACCUAGCUCCGUUACAGUAAAAUACCUGCAGUCAGACUUCUGUAUAGAAACUCCUUGUUUACACCUGUUGCAAGAAAAGAAAGAAUUAUUUGUGUCUGUCAUGAGUUAACAGAUUUAUCUGAAUAGCAGCCUAGCCAUGUUUAUUUAAGAGUUCUGCAAUAUAUACAAAUGCCAAAUAUGUGGCAGGCUGUUCCUCUACUGCUAUACAUACAAAGAACAGUGACCAAACAGCUUAUGUUGAUGAUUCAGGAUUGGGCAUCUCAUGAUUUGUUUUUAUUUCAAAGUAGUACAAAUUGAAGCAGCAGUGCUGUUUAAUAACAGUGUAUAUUAUUAAUGCUUCUCCUAGGCCCUCAUUCCCAAUCUAGGUUACACUUAUACAAAUAAAGCUGAGGUUGAGGAUCUUGAUUAAGGAAAUGGCAUUGGGGAAAUAAAACAGCCUAUUCCCAUAUAAAUGCUGCUCCCGUCCAGAGCGGAGAGCCCCUGCUAUUGCACUGAAGUGGAAAAAAAUGUAUUUUGGGAGCUAGUUCACAGAUUUCCCAUGUAAUGUAUAUUUGGUUGUUAAUUAAUGUGGGGACCUUAUCAUGACAAUUGCAACUACCUAAAUAAGUAAAACCAAGAGCCAGAUUUAGGCAUUCAUGGGUUAAAUUGAAUGUGAGUGAAAAAGAAAUACAUGGCCUUCCUCCCUUCUGUUAUGGUCAUUUCCCAAAAAAAGGAAAGACUGUAAUGCGUGUGGAAAUCAGGGUUUCCAAUCCUGUGGAGAAGCUCCAUGCGGAGAAGAUGCAGGACACAGCUAGCCUUCUCCAUUUCCUCACAGUUGGAGCUUAAAAUCUCUUCUGAAUGCCUGUAAAGGACUUAAAUAUGAAGGCAGCACUGCGUAGCAAUGGGUGGUGGGAGGUCAGUUUACCUUGGGUACAACUGAGUCAGAGUUGAGCACUUCAAUCUCACUGAUUCCUGGAGAGUCUGGACCGUUAUACUCACUUGCCUGGACAAGCCCCCCUUAAACUUAGUGAGACUUAGGUUCUGUGACAAAAUGUAUAGGAUUGCACCGUUACUUUGGCUAGAUUGUCCUGUAUUUUUAAUUGAGUGCCCUUUUCUGAGAAUGUCAUUCAAAUCAACAGUAAUGAAACCUCUAUCUGUCUCACAGACCUGGGGAACCCAAAGACCCCAUUAUGCUUGCCAUAGCGCAGAACUGACUCAAGGGCUCGUACCGUAUCUGUACACUGUGUCCCCACUAGAAAGCAAAACAAUAAAAGACAUAAUAGCUUGUUUUCUGCCUACACAGAGUUAUUUUUUUAAACUGCCAUCUUACAUAAGAGCUUUUAAAUGGAUAUGCAAAAGCUGUCUGUACUUGCAGUGUAAAUGCACAAGAGAAUGCCAGUAGAACUGAAAUUCAAGAGUCAGGUCACCUUUUUAACUGUCCAAAGAACCCUUCUACUUUCUAUUACUGCAUCCACAAUAGGCAUUGUUAUACACAACACUGGUUCAGUGUAACAGUAAAUGCAGUGCAUUUUUGUAGCUGUUUAUUCCAGUUCAAAGCAGUGCACAUGGAACAGUAAAGUCUGAAUGAUGAAUCCUUCUCUGAUUUUCUUGUUUUGGAGGGGGAGGCUGGUAGGAACUAAAGCAAUUGUAAAGCAAAAGUAAUUUUAAAUCAUUUUUAAAUGGCUUCAUCAAUGCAGCAUGAGCUGCCAUGAAUGAAAAGGGGAACUAUGUGCUCACAACAUAUUUGCACAGUUGGUUCAUCAGCAAGGUGACUAUGUGUGCUUGGAAACUGGGAGAGCACACUAAGGAUUGUAAAGUGUAAGGUUUCAGUGUAUCUUAAAUGUAUUUUCAGAAUCUAACAAAAUCGAGAUUAAUUGGCUAAAACCAAAAGGUAGAUGAGAUUUCUCAUGCUUUUUUUUUAAAAUAUACCGCUGCACAGAUUUUAUUAGCAGGAAAAUAGAAAAACCUUUAUUUUUAUAUGAAGACAUGGCAUUAUUAAUAUAUUUAAGAAAAUCUGCCUAAGGGCUUGAUCUACAACUCGGAUCUGUUAUGUCAACAACCACAAAACCAACCCCAGAAACAGACUGGAUCUGGAGAAACAGGGCCCAAAGGUCAAACUGCUGCCUCUGAUUAGAAAACUAGGCAGAGCUGUUGAGAACAACCUGGACUUCCAGCCCCAGCUGUUGCAAUAACUUCCAUCACUAAAAACAGCCCUGCACUCUCCUAAUCCUGUAGUAAAGCUAGAUCUUCCUAAGGGUGUGCUGCUGUCUGUAUUGCACCCUAAAAGCACUUUAGAUUGUAAAUAAAUUAUGUACUUAAUUUUUUGUGUUUAUAUUUUAUGUGAGUAGGAUCUUUCACUGUGUCUUUCCUCCAAAGUACUUAAUAAAGUUUUUUUUCCUAUA